AUGACAGAAUUGAAUGAACCAUUUAAUAAAUUAAAACAAUCCAAUAAUUCAGAUAUUUCAUUAUCAAAUGUGAAUUAUGAUCAAAAAUCAAUGAAUCAAAUUGAACAAUUAUUAUGUCAAGUUUUAAAUGAAAAUUCUAUUUUAAGAGAGAAAAAUGAAGAGUUAAACGAAAUGAUUCUUAAUAAUGAAGAUCAUUCAAAAGUAAGUUGA